ACUAUCCAACCUCCUUCUUCUCCCGGCUGCUGCUUCUGCUUCCUCACUUCUACUCCUCCUCCUCCUAUUUUUUUCUCUCAAGAAACUCCUGAUUCCAUUAAACCUACCAAAUCCUCCAUCUGGUUGUAGCUCAAACUCUCUUUUCCAGAUAUGUGAAGGAGAAGAAAUCUCUUCGCCAUAUCUCCUUUGUUUUGUUUUGAAAACUCUCUUAAAUCCCACCACACUCUUGUCCUUUUGUCUUACCUCUAUUAAUAUCCAGGUAGUCACCUCCAAAAAAGUCUCUUCUUUUUAUUCAACGAGUGUGAAAAAUUCUUCCAAAGAUCAAAAAGGAAGAAAGGAUCCAACUUGGGCCCUUUCCUCUCCUCUUUCCAACCGAAGAAUCUCCGAAAGAAUCAAAAGAUCCAAUCUUUGCGUCAAUAUUUGGUGCUUUCCACUCCGAGAACCAAUGGGUGCGCUCCAAGUGAAGCUGCGGUCGUUCCUGAACAACCGAUGGCUGGUGUUUGUUGCAGCAAUGUGGAUGCAGUCCUGCGCCGGGAUCGGCUACUUGUUCGGGAGCAUCUCGCCGGUGAUCAAGAGCUCUCUGGGCUACAACCAGCGGCAACUCGCCAGCCUCGGCGUGGCCAAGGACCUCGGCGACAGUGUCGGGUUCCUCGCCGGCACCCUCUGUGAGAUCCUGCCCCUCUGGGCGGCGCUGCUCAUCGGGGCGCUGCAGAAUUUGAUCGGUUAUGGAUGGGUUUGGCUCAUCGUCUCUGGGAGAGUUCCUGUUUUGCCUCUCUGGGUGAUGUGUAUUCUUAUCUUUGUUGGCAAUAAUGGAGAAACCUACUUCAACACAGCUGCACUGGUUUCAUGCGUGCAGAACUUCCCCAAGAGCCGGGGACCUGUAGUGGGUAUCCUGAAGGGAUUUGCUGGUCUAAGUGGUGCUAUUUUGACUCAAAUUUACACCAUGAUUCAUACACCAGAUCAUGCAGCUCUCAUCUUUAUGGUUGCGGUUGGACCUACGAUGGUAGUCAUUGCCUUGAUGUUCAUAAUCAGGCCUGUUGGAGGCCAUAGACAAGUGCGACCUUCGGAUAGCUCCAGUUUUGUGUUUGUUUAUAGUGUGUGCUUGCUCCUGGCUGCUUAUUUGAUGGGUGUCAUGCUUCUUGAAGAUCUAGUUGGCUUGAGUGAAACUGUGACUACCUUGUGCACGGUGGUGUUACUCUUUCUACUACUAGUCCCAAUUGUAAUACCUUUGCUAUUAACAUGCUAUUUCGAUGACAGUUGUCCUGCUCAAGAGUCACUUUUACCUGUGCCUCAGAAAGAAGAGACAGGUAAAUCAGGAGAAUCUACAGAACAACAUGAGGUUAUUUUGAGUGAGGUUGAAGAUGAAAAGCCUGAGGAAGUUGACUUACUUCCUGCAUCAGAGAGGCAGAAGAGAAUUGCACAGUUGCAAGCAAGACUGUUUCAAGCUGCAGCUGUAGGAGCUGUGAGGGUGAAAAGGAGGAGAGGUCCUCAUAGAGGAGAAGAUUUCACCCUGAUGCAGGCAUUAAUUAAGGCAGAUUUUUGGCUUCUUUUUCUCUCUCUAUUGUUGGGAUCAGGAUCCGGUUUAACAGUGAUUGACAAUUUGGGUCAAAUGAGCCAAUCUUUAGGUUACAGUGACACUCAUAUUUUCGUAUCCAUGAUCAGCAUUUGGAACUUUCUUGGCCGCGUUGGUGGAGGCUAUAUUUCUGAGAUUAUUGUAAGAGAACAUGCAUAUCCAAGGCCAGUGGCUUUGGCAGUGACCCAGGUUUUAAUGGCAGUUGGACACUUCUUCUUUGCAAUGGGUUGGCCUGGAACAAUAUACAUUGCAACUUUGCUGAUUGGGCUUGGAUAUGGAUCUCAUUGGUCUAUUGUGCCGGCUGCUGCCUCUGAGUUGUUUGGCUUGAAAAGUUUUGGAGCCUUGUACAAUUUCCUCACAGUGGCUAAUCCUGCAGGUUCAUUGGUAUUCUCGGGUCUGAUUGCUAGUGGUAUUUAUGAUUAUGAAGCUGAAAAACAAGCACACAUGCACCAUAACAUAAGAUCCUCAUUUUGGAGAAUGCUUUCUGGAGCACGACUUCAUGAUGAAGAGCCACUAAAAUGUGAGGGGGCUGUAUGUUUUUUCCUUUCUUCCUUGAUAAUGUCAGGAUUUUGCAUGGUUGCAGUUAUCUUGAGCGUGAUCCUGGUUUAUAGGACCAAGAUCGUCUAUGCUCACCUCUAUCAGAAAUCUCUCACAUGAGCCUCUUUAUCAGGAAGCACACAAACUUGUGCUUGAGAUUAUGUUUUUUUCUAUAUUGGCAAUGAUUGAGAACUUGUAUAUGCAAGUUACUAUUUUCUUCAGCCUGGGCUAAUAUGGUUGGGGGCCUUUGUUCAGUGAAUAUUACCUUGAAGGAGAGAUCAAUUGAGUCUACAAUGUGACCUUUAUUACUUUUCAUCCAUUAUUCUACCAAGUCCUGAGGGUUUAAUCAAAUUGAUGUAUUAUUAGUUCUUUUUUUAUGUGAUUUGGAGUCAUUGUGGAGCCAGUACCUCCACAUGUGAGGUCUUUGUUUUUCAGUGUUUGGGAUUAUUUUUUCAUGUGUAACCUGUACUACAGCCUUUGAAUGGAACAUGAAUCAUUUAAUAUCCUUUUCUGCA